UGUACACACUGUCUUGUCUUCAACCUUAAAUUAGUUGACUUGACAGAUAAAGAGAGAGCAAGAGGAGAGCUUCUGAAGGUCUUCUGGUUUUUUGCAUUUGCAUAUUCAACCUCUUCAAUGGGUACAAAUCGUGAAACACUGUCGAAAAAGCCACCCGCUGUUUCAAUUCCUAAAUCAACCCCAUUAUUUUCUCCAAGACCGGUUAGUGAGCUUGAACCUGCAGCAACUAAACUUCAGAGAGUGUAUAAAGCUUACAGGACUAGGCGUAAGCUUGCAGAUUGUGCUGUUGUGGUUGAGGAACUAUGGGAGAAGGCCUUAGUCUUUGCAGCUCUGAAACGAAGCUCGGUGUCCUUCUUCAACAUUGAGGAACAUGAAACUGCUGUGUCACGGUGGGAACGGGCUAGGACAAGGGCUGCCAAGUUAGGGAAGGGUUGGUGCAAGGAUGAGAAGGCUCAGAUGCUAGCUCCACAGUACCUUCUCGAAGCUAUUGAUCCACGCCAUCGGUUCGGACUCAAUUUGCAACUCUAUUAUGAUGUCUGGUCUGAAUGCACGACUAUCCAACCUUUCUUCUACUGGUUGGAUGUUGGUGAUGGUAAAGAAAUAAACCUCAAGGAUUGCCCAAGAAGUGUUCUAACCCGUCAGUGCAUCAAAUAUCUUGGACCAAAAGAGAGGGAGUCAUAUCAAGUGAUUGUGGAAAAUGGAAAGCUCAUGCACAGGCAAACUGGGAAGCUUGUUCACACAGUUGAACUUGGGUCUAAGUGGAUUUUUGUGCUGAGCACAUCAAGGGCUUUGUAUGUUGGGCAAGAAACAAAAGGUGUUUUCCAGCACUCAAGUUUUCUAUCUGGAGGUGCUGCAAGUGCAGCUGGAAGAUUAGUUGCCCACAAUGGGGUUCUUGAGGUGCAUUAUAUUUCUGAAAUACUACUGGUUUUUAAUUGUUGUGCAAUAGAUGAUGACAAAGAAUCAUUCAUUGAUCCAACUGAUCAUCAACAUGAGAGUAUGGGGUCCACAUCCAAUGCAACCAAUAGAGAAGCCCCUGUAUAUGACUUGUCCAAGCGUUUGUCUUGCAAGUGGUCUACUGAGAGUGGUCCACGUAUUGAGUGCAGAGCUAGGAUUGCGAACACUGGAACAAGUCAACUUGUCACCAAAUAUCAAACUGGGCUGCCAUGGAAGUAGUAGUCCAAAUCCAAUCCCUUCACCACGACCAAGCCCAAGAAUCAAGCUCACACCUAGGCUUGCCUAUAUGGGACUCCCUAGGCC